AGGUUCUUUCUUGCUGGAAACAAAUUCUUAAAAACCCAUCUCAUUUCUUCAUUCAAAUUCAACAAUUCCAACCUCAAUCUGCUUCUAUCUAUCUCUGAGUUAAACAACGAUAUGGGCCUUUCGCCGUACUCGAAUCCAUCUGAUGCUGGAGUUCUGUGUGUAAUUCUGGUUAACACAGCCAUGUCUAUAUCCAUCAUGAAGGAAAUAUUAUGUUCAAUCCUUCAUGUCGUGGGAAUCCGUUUAGCAUCGUCCAAUCCAGCCUUCACGGAAUCAUUAGAACCACGAGGAAGCCCGUCAGAAGUUUAUAUGGAGGAGUUCAGAAACCAGACCCCAUCACUCCGUUACAUCUCCCUCUGUCGUGCCACCAAUCAAGAAUGCUCUGUUUGCUUAACCGAGUUCAAACCAGAUGCACAGAUAAACCAUCUUUCUUGUGGGCAUGUUUUCCAUAAAUCUUGUCUUGAGAAAUGGCUAAAAUACUGGAACAUUACUUGCCCUCUAUGUAGAAGCCACAUGAUGAUUCCUAAAGAAGUGGAAGAAAACACUUGUCCAAUGUGAAGGUUUAAGUACAGUUUAGUAGUGCUGGUGCACAGGGGAGUGCAAUCAGUUUCUACAACGAAAACUUACCUUUUUUGUAGAUAUCAAUUUGUGUAAGGUUUCCGGUGCUGUAUGCAUCUGAGAAACUGAAAAGCUUUCUUCUUUUUCUCGUUUGUUCGAGUUUUAAUUGGAGAAACAGAUCAUGUUUCUUCCUCAUCUAAUCUAUUUAUGCUACAAAUAUUGAAUGAUCU